AAGACUUUUGUUGACAUGAAAUUAAGGAUGUCGGACGCAGAGACGACAAAAGACUUCGAACUGCUUUUAAAUAAAACGGGUGGAGCAAGUCCUAGUAGACCAGAACUCGAACAAUUCGUCAAGGACCAUUUUGAGCCGGUUGCUAGCGAGUUCGAAAAGUGGAAUCCACCUGACUGGAAGCCUUCGCCGGUUUUUCUGAAGAAGAUAAAGGAUCCGCGACUGUGGGAAUUCGCCAAGAAACUGAAUGGAAUCUGGAAAUUUCUUGGACGACGCAUAACUGAUUUGGUGCGCGAGAAUCAGGAGCUGUACUCCAUCAUUUAUAUGCCUUACGGUGUGAUAAUUCCCGGAGGCCGCUUCCGAGAAAUAUAUUAUUGGGACUCAUACUGGAUUAUCCGUGGACUGCUCAAGUGUGAAAUGUAUUAUACAGCUAGGGGCAUCCUGGCCAACUUCCUGCUGAUGGUUCGUCAGUUUGGACUCGUACCUAAUGGCGGUCGUAUCUAUUAUACCGGGCGCUCGCAGCCACCAUUAUUGCUGCCAAUGGUGAAAAGCUAUAUGGAUGCUACCAACGACAUUGACUUUCUCCGUGAACACCUAGAUACACUUGAGAAGGAAUAUUCAUUUUGGAUUGGGAACCGCACUGUAACUGUCACCAAAGGAGGCAAGAAAUACCGUAUGGCGAGGUACUUUGAUGAUACCCCUGGCCCACGCCCUGAAUCUUAUCGUGAAGAUAUCCACUCGGGACAGACCUUUCAUACUGAACAAGAAAAAAUGUCAUUUUAUUCAGAGAUCAAGGCAGCAGCUGAAUCUGGUCUUGAUUUUACUAGCCGUUGGUUUAUCAAGCAAGGUGCCAACAAAGGUGUGCUGACGGAUACAAAGACACGCUAUAUAAUUCCUGUUGACUUGAAUGCCAUAAUGUAUUGGAAUUCAUUCAUACUUUCACGAUUCAGCAAGGAAAUGGGACUGAUUAAGAAGCAAGUGCUUUGGCAUGAAGAUUUAGGUAUUUGGCUUGAUUAUGAUAUCUUGAAUCAGAAGCGGCGGGAAUAUUUCUGUACCACAAAUUUGACACCACUAUGGGCUGGCUGUUUCUACAAAGAUCGUGCAGAAGAACUUGCUGAGAGGAUUGUAAAUUAUGUUGAUUCAUACAAAAUUGUUAAAUAUCCUGGAGGAAUCCCAACAACCUUAGAGCAAACGGGACAGCAAUGGGAUUUUCCUAAUGCAUGGCCCCCACAUCAAGACCUUGUCAUCUCUGCCCUUGAAGCUACAAAUGACCCAAGAGCAAUGAGAAUGGCUCGGGAAUGGGCUCUCCGCUGGGUUUAUAAUAACUACCGUGCCUGGGUUGACACAAAAGUAAUGCACGAGAAAUAUGAUGUGACUGUAUUUGGAGCUCCUGGUUCAGGUGGAGAAUAUGAAAGCCAAAUGGGAUUCGGAUGGACUAAUGGCCUUGUAAUUGAUCUUAUGGACCGUUAUUCGGAUCAGCUCGUUGGUGAUGAAGAACCUGAUGACAAAAUGGCAACCCGCGUAGAACUGUAUAAACCACAUGCUGCACUGCUUUCCAUACUUUUCACCACAUUAUUACACUCUGAUCUUUCUACACUGGAGCUCGAGCUGGAACUAGCUGGCUGUGUUUAA